CUGUGGGGUACGUUAAUGGGUUUGCCUGCUCCAACUAUAUUAUGUGUCGGUGGCUUGAUGCUACUUGCUUAUCACUUUUUAUUUACUGGGGAGAUACUAGGAAGGAGGUGUUCUACCACUACAUGAAGUCAUAUUCCCCACCAAAUACCAUGCCGACAAAGGCGUUCGUAGAAUUUUUUUAGCCAUGCCAUAACAACUUGACGGUAGUGGUUCGUGGUAGAUGCUGCCAACAGCCAUCAAUCAAUUAGGGAGGAAGGGGCCCUCAUGCAACUAUGCUCUGUAUCUCAUCAUUCCAAACACACUUCGUUUUAUCUUUUAAUAUUUCACACCAUACUUCUCUCUCUCUUUUGCUCAAUCUUUCUUCCUUGAUUUCCCAAAGAAAACAAGAGAACAUGGCAGCAGAGCUUUUUCUUACGUUUGCCAUGGAGGAGACUUUGACAAGGGUCAUUUCCAUAGCUUCUGAAGGGAUCAGACUUGCCUGGGGAUUGGAAGGACAGCUACAAAAGCUCAUGCAGUCCGUGACCAUGAUCAAAGCUGUGCUCCAACAUGCAGCCAGAAGGCCCGUAACAGACGAGUCUGCGAAGCUUUGGCUGGAGAAGCUACAAGAUGUAGCUUACGAUGCUGAAGAUGUUCUAGACGAGUUUGCUUAUGAGAUUCUCCGAAAAGACCAAAAGAAGGGAAAGGUACGUAACUGCUUUCCACUGCACAACCCUGUUGCAUUCCGUCUGAAUAUGGGUCACAAAGUUAAGGAGAUCAAUGGAUCACUGGUUGAGAUUCAGAAACUUGCAAUUGGCUUUGGGCUGGGAAUUGCAUCUCUACAUGUAGAGAGUGCUCCUGAAGUUAUCCGGGAUAUAGACCGAGAGACAGAUUCCUUGCUUGAAAGCUCGGAAGUUGUCGUAGGAAGGGAGGAUGAUGUCUCUGAAGUUAUGCAAUUGCUGAUUGGCUCGACUGAUCAACAAGUUCUAUCUGCUGUCCCUAUAGUGGGGAUGGGUGGCCUCGGAAAGACUACGAUAGCAAAAAAAGUUUGUCAAGUAGCGAGGGAGAAAAAGCUUUUUGAUGUAACAAUAUGGGUUUGUGUUUCUAAUGAUUAUAGUAAAAGGAGGAUUUUAGGAGAGAUGCUGCAACAGAAUAAUAAAUCUACUGGUAGCUGGUUGGGCACCUCUAUUGAUGCAAUAAUUGAGAACCUGAAGAAAGAGCUGGAAAAGAAAACAUUUCUUCUUGUUCUUGAUGAUGUGUGGAAUGAAGACCCUGAUAAGUGGGAUGAUUUGAAGGAGCAACUGUUAAAAAUUAACAGCAAAAAUGGGAAUGCUGUUGUUGUUACAACCCGCAGUAAGAAAGUAGCAGACAUGAUGGGGACUUCUCGGGGGAUUCAGCACGAGCCAGGGAGACUUUCAGAUGAUCACUGUUGGUCCAUUAUCAAGCAAAAGGUGAGCAGGGGUGGAGGAGAAACAAUACCUUCAGGCAUCGAGUCUAUUGGAAAAGAGAUUGCAAAGAAAUGUGGAGGUGUUCCAUUACUUGCUAAAGUUUUCGGACUAACUCUUCACGGAAAGCAGGCAGAACAGUGGCGGUCAAUUCUAAACAGUAGAUUUUGGGAUUCUCCGGAUGGAGAUAAGGCUAUGCGCAUAUUGAGACUCAGUUUUGAUCACCUGUCAUCGCCAUCACUGAAAAAAUGUUUUGCAUACUGUUCUAUUUUUCCUAAAGAUUUUAAAAUUGAAAGGGAAGAGCUCAUUCAACUUUGGAUGGCUGAAGGUUUUCUCAGGCCAUCAAAUGGGAGGAUGGAAGACGAAGGCAACAAGUGUUUCAAUGACUUGCUUGCAAAUUCCUUUUUCCAAGAUGUUGAAAGGAAUGAGUGUGAGAUCGUAACAAGCUGCAAGAUGCAUGAUCUUGUGCAUGAUCUUGCAUUGCAGGUCUCAAAAUCAGAAGUGUUAAAUCUGGAGGAGGAUUCGGCUGUUGAUGGUGCAUCUCAUAUUCGUCAUCUAAAUCGCAUGUCUCGUGGGGAUGAUGAGGCAGCAUUAACAGCGGUUGAUGCUAGAAAAUUGCGAACUGUUUUCUCAAUGGUUGAUGUAUUGAAUGGAUCUUGGAAAUUCAAAAGCUUGAGAACUCUCAAAUUGCGAGGGUCUGGUAUCACAGAGUUACCAGAUUCGAUUUGCAAGCUGAGACAUUUGAGAUAUCUUGAUGUCUCGGAUACUGCUAUCAGAGCAUUGCCGGAAUCCAUCACCGAGCUCUACCAUUUGGAAACAUUAAGAUUCACUGAUUGCAAGUCACUAGAAAAACUUCCCAAGAAAAUGAGGAAUUUAGUGAGCUUGAGACAUCUUCAUUUUGAUGAUCCAAAGCUAGUGCCAGCUGAGGUGAGACUCUUAACACGCCUUCAAACUCUGCCUUUAUUUGCUCUGGGUCCAGAUCAUAUGGUUGAAGAGCUGGGAUGUUUUAAUGAACUAAGAGGAGAAUUGCAGAUAAGCAAGCUUGAGCAAGUGAGAGACAGAGAAGAAGCUGAGAAGGCAGAACUGCGUGAAAAAAGAAUGCACAAAUUGGUGUUUGAAUGGAGUGAUGAUGAAGGCAACAGCAUUGUCAAUAGCGAGGAUGUGCUGGAAGGCCUGCAGCCUCACCCAGACAUAAGAAGCUUGACAAUUGAGGGUUAUGGAGGUGAAAAUUUCUCAUCAUGGAUAUUGCAACUCAAUAGUCUGAUGGUGCUGAGAUUGAAUGGCUGCAGCAAGUUGAAGCAACUCCCAACACUUGGAUGUCUUCCUCGCCUGAAGAUUCUAGAGAUGAAUGGAAUGCCUACUGUGAAAUGUAUAGGCAAUGAGUUUUAUAGCAGCAGUGACAGCGCAGGAUUUCUGUUUCCAGCACUAAAAGAACUCACUCUAUCCAGUAUGGAAGGUCUUAAAGAAUGGAUGUUACCGGGUGGAGAAGUCGGUGCAGUAUUUCCUCGUCUUGAAGGGUUGCGCAUUAAGAAGUGUGGCAAGUUGGAAAGCAUUCCGCUAUGUGUUUUUUCAUCUCUUGUACGAUUUGAAAUUAUAGGAUGUGAGGAACUGAAAUAUUUGUCUGGUGAGUUUCGUGGCUUCACAUCUCUUCAAAUUUUAAGGAUGCGUAGCUGUUCAAAGCUGACAUCCAUUCCAAGCGUACAACACUGCACAACUCUAGUUGAAAUGAGCAUACGGUGGUGCGGUGAGUUGAUCGCAAUUGCUGGUGAUUUCCGAGAAUUGAAAUAUUCUUUGAAGAAAUUAGAUAUUUUGGGGUGUAAAUUGGGAGCUCUUCCAAGCGGACUACAAUAUUGCGCAUCUCUAGAGGAAUUGCAGAUAUUGUUUUGUAGUGAGCUUAUCCAUAUCAGUGAUUUACAAGAAUUGUCUUCGCUUCGAAGAUUAAAGAUAAUGUAUUGUGAGAGGCUCAACCGUAUUGAUUGGGAUGGUUUACGACAAUUGCGUUCUCUUGUUUAUUUAGAAAUCAGUUGGUUUCGGAGUUUGAGUGAUAGCCCAGAGGAUGAUUGCUUAGGCAGCCUCACCCAACUGAAGGAACUGAGAAUCGGUGGUUUCUCAAAGGAGCUGGAGGCUUUUCCUACAGGACUUACAAACUCAAUUCAACACUUGAGUGGGUCCCUCAAAUCCCUAUUCAUAUAUGGAUGGGAUAAACUUAAGAGAGUACCACACCAACUUCAACACCUCACUGCCCUCGAGACAUUGCAUAUAAGUGGUUUCAACAGAUGGGAAUUUGAGGAAGCAUUGCCAGAAUGGUUGGCCAACCUUUCUUUUCUUCAAUCUCUUACUAUUUGGAAUUGCUACAAUCUUAAGUAUCUGCCAAGCUCAGCAGCCAUUCAACGCCUCCCCAAAUUAAAACGUUUGGAGAUUUAUGGAUGUCCACAUCUCUCGGCAAAUUGUAGAAAGGAGAAUGGCUGUGAGUGGCCCAAGAUUUCUCAUAUCCCAUCAAUCAAGAUAGAGGGUACACUUGUACAGGUAAACCUCGAAGACUCGGACCUCAAAGACUGAAGGAAGCCAUGGAAUGGUUAUUUGAAGCUUAUUCAGAAUAAUGUUUGUCAGGCUAGAUAUAUGUGUGACCCGCACAAUUUUCUCGUAUCUUUAUGAGAUAAGUAUAUUUGUCAAAAUGUAAGAAAAUGGAUGGAGCAGGCAGCUUAUCACCAAGAUAGAAGAGCUUAAUAUAGAUAUGGAUGUGAAUUCGUAUGUGUAACUUCUAUUAUCUUAUAUUUGAUUUUGUUAUUUAACUUUAAAGGAUUCGUUUUUUAUGAGGUUAUAUAUGUAGAUGUUCUUGGGCAGGAAGAGAAUUUCAAAGCUGAAUUUUGUAAUUGUAGAAAGAACAAUGUUCUUACUGAAUAGAUGAUUAUGCUGAUGUACUCCAAAUUUCUGAAGAAUUAUUGUACUUUUUGUCUUGUAAAUCUACCUUCAUAUUACAUAAUAUGUUGUUAUUAAUUCA